AUGGCGACGACCCCUGCAGCCGACCCAAGGUCUCCGCCAGCCACCACUAGCGAUGCCGACGUGAAGGGUCCCGGGAGAAUCAACCUCUCGGGUCUGGAAAAACCUGCCGUUUUCUCGAGGGGCGGGAAAUCAGCGGCCUCGACGCCCAGCACGGCGGUCGAGGAUGGCGUGCCGAGCCCGCGACGCGGCCUGUUCUCGCCCGGCAAGAGCAGCCCCCUGAGCUUCUCGCCCACGAGACGCAUGUGCAGUACGCCGACCAGGCACAUCGCCAGCAGCUGGAGAAUACGCGGGGGCAAGCGGCUCGAGUGCGAUCCGCUGCUCGCCAACUCCGAGUACUUUGACGACGCGAGGUCCGACACGGUCUACGUCGACGAGGAGGUCACCAUCUCGGAGCUCAGGCGGCGGCAGGGGAGGCGCUGGGUCGUCUGCGGCAUCGUUUUUGGCAUCACACUACUGGUCGUGCUCCUGAUCCUCAACGUCCUGCUGUUGAUCUCGAGCCGCGCGUGGGGCCACGACGACGACCCCGAUAGCAUCUUCUCCGACUGGGGUAAGCCGGGCACGGGCACCGAAGACCUCGCCUGGUACCCGACCGACUUCCUGCGCGACGUGCAGCCGAUCCCGUGCCACUCGCACAACGACUACUGGCGCAAGGUGCCGCUCUUCUCGGCGCUGCACGCGGGCUGCGUCGGCGUCGAGGCCGAUGUGUGGCUGCUCGGCGCGGCCGGCAACGACACGCUGCUCGUCGGCCACGAGACGGCGGCGCUGCAGCCCAACCGCACCUUCCGGUCGCUCUACGUCGACCCGCUCGUCCGCAUCCUCCAGCGCCAGAACCCGUCGCACCGCUUCUACAACGAGACCCGCCGCGGCGUCUUCGACGUCGACCCGGACCGGACGCUGGCGCUGCUCGUCGACGUCAAGACUGACGGCGCCGCCACGUGGCGCGAGGUGGUGCGCGAACUGGAGCCGCUGCGCAGCCGCGGGUGGCUGAGCCGCUUCGAGGACGGCAAGGUGACGUACGGCCCCGUCACCGUGGUCGGCACGGGCAACACGCCCUUUAACGUGCUCGUGGCCAACUCGACGUACCGCGACUACUUCUUCGACGCACCGCUGGACCGGCUCGGGGACGACGCGGGCGCAAAGUACGACUCGACAAACUCGUACUACGCCAGCGCCCGGUUCGGCAAGUCCAUCGGCUCCGCCUGGUUCGGCGAGCUGCACCCCGGCCAACAGCGCAAGCUGCGCGAGCAGGUGGAGGCGGCGCACAAGAAGGGGCUCAAGGCGCGCUACUGGGACCUCCCCGCCUGGCCCAUCCACGUGCGCAACAGCGUCUGGUCCAACCUGGCCAAGGUCGGCGUCGACCUGCUCAACGUCGACGACCUCAGGUCGGCAUCCAAAAAGGACUGGACCAAGCUCCUGGGAGUGUUAAGGAUUCUGGUCGCGCCCGGCAUGGAAACCGGGUCCGUUGCCGAGACUCCGGCAUAA